AUAAAUCAGGUUGCCCUGCCAUCGAACCAGUGGCAGAUCGAGGUCGAGAACUGGUAUGCCUGAGUGAUGUCAGUAAUGCAGACGCGCCUGGUUAUGCAGGCUACAGGACCAAGCACCGAGUCGAUACGUCAAUACAUCGUGCCGCCUGCGACAGAGGCCCAGAAACAGCUCUGCCGGGCGCAGAGGGUGCGAGUUGGUCAGGGCUUCAGCAAUAUCUCUCUCCUUGGUCUGUUGCUCGUGGCAAUCCUAGGCGUAUUGAUAAUCUUGGCGAGUUUAGCUCUGGAUUCUGUUGUCAGCCGUCUCAGUCAAGUAUCCAAGGCCAGGGUAGCGCGUUCCUUGAGGAGCUGGAAUCACAACUAUGUGCUUCAGAUUCAGCGACUUGCGUAUGAGGGGCAGUCAGAGCGAAAGUGGGAAAACAUCGAUGGUGAGGUACCCGUCACGUCGGAUAGUGAAUCGCUGGGACCACUAGGGCAGGGCAGUCCGGUCGUGCCACCGGCGUAUGUUAAUCUGUCGUUUGAGACGAAAGAGUCGAGUGCGGAGAGCAGGCGUCUCAUCC